ACCUUAGUCCGGCCCCGUUUAAGCUAUAAAAUGGCGCUUCUGUGUUUUUGGCUUCACAAAUUUUUAGGUAAUGUUGGGUUUGCUUAUCUAUUACUAUGUCUGUGACAGUAAUUGACUUUUUUUGCAUGUCACAUUGAACAUUCUUUUUUUAUCAAAUUGUAUAGCUGCUGAUUUCCCGAGUGUUAAAUAAAUCAAAAUCAUCCAAAAGGUGUAAAGGCAUCCAGCGUCAGGAAAGCCCACAUCUUAGUAAGUUUUGUAUAGUAUAUCGAUAUCGAUAUUUAUUUUAAAUGACAUAUCUAGUUUUGUUUAUGACAAGACAAAAUUGACACUUGUACAUUUUGUUUAUAUUAAAGGUUAUGUUAUGAAAGUGUGUGAAUUUCGAAGAAAGUGAAACGACAUAUUAUUUAAAGAACUUUCCGGCGCGGAUAAAUUGUACGGUUGCUACAAAUAUUAGUACGAAAAUUAAUUAGUAGGUAACAAAUCCGUGCUGUGAUAAGGAUUUAUAAGGAAAGUUUAAAACCUCAUUCGACUAAACUGUUCAAGGUGCAUUUUUGCUGAAAUUUCGAACUUGAAAUAAAAUUUAAUUUAUUGCGAUGGCGGGAAAAACUAAAAAGAUACAAUUGCCCAAAUCGGUGCUGGAAAUGAAAUUCAUGAAAAAAACUAGAGAACGAAUAGAAAAAGAAAUGGAAAACAUGCAAGAUCAUGGCAGUUUGUACUCUAAUAUAAUUACAAAUGAAAUGAGAAGUGCGUCUGGGAACUUCAUAUCUGAAUCAAGUUUCAUAUUUUGUGAUACAAUGCUUGAAGGCCGGCUCUCUUUCAAGGGUAUGAAUCCGGAGAUUGAGAGGCUUAUGGAGCUAGAAAAUGCUGAUAAAAAUGAACAACCAAGUAGUGAGAUGGUUAAAGACGUAUCAGAUGAAAUUUUGGCAAAGAAAAUGGAAAAGUUCAAUAAAAAGAGACAAAAUCCUGACAGUGAAGCAAGAAACAACAAGAGAAAAAAAGUAAAUAAUUAAUAUGUGAUUAUGGUAAAUGUUCACUUUUAUACAGACUGUAUAAUAAUUAUAUAAGUGCAUUCAAAGAACACUAUACUUAAUUUAAGUAGAUACUCUUUGUGUGACAUUGUAAAUAUUAUUUCAAUAUGACUUAAAUAGGUAUACUCUAUUAUACUUGUGAGUGAAAUAAAUACCUAUCUCUCCUCAAGAACUAUGUUUUAAGGUGUAUCUGUACACUGAAAAAUAAUAAUAAUAAUAACAGAAUACCAGUUGUUUUAUUUGAUACUAACUAACUACUCCUGUGUUGUUUCACUUGUGAUGUUAUAUAGUCUAUCGUCUUCUGGGCCGAAUUCACUAUCCAACACAAAGUAAAGUAUUCAAAUUCACCAGUAGUUCUGGUGAUUAGUGUGUCCAAACAAACUCUUUAGCUAUAGAUAAUAGUAUAAGAUAUCCAAAUAAAAAAAUUCUAUAAAAAGUAGCCGUCUAGAUGGAGGCACUUGUUCAUCUCUAAAUGAAGUCUAGAUCAAGUCGUGCCAAGUCGAAGAUUCCUUACUGCGAUUUCUUUAUUAUUAUAGUAAAUGUUGUGUGAUUUGGACAUUCAAAAUUUCAAACAGCUCAGACCUAUUUAGUCUAGUCAAAUAUUCCGUGGUGCUUAUCGGCUGGGCUUCUUCCAGUUGUGCUUUUAGACUGAAGUUAUUCUGUCUCUUACAUUGAGGGAAGUGGAAACUCGAUUUUUUUUCUUCUCUAUUAUUGAUGUCUUCUGAUUUAUUUCGU